UAUAUCUUCCCCUGUCUCUUUCUCUCUGCCUUUUGUUCUUUGUUUCUUCCUUCCCCUACCAAACAAACAUAGUUGAAUAGAGAUAAUAAAAACAACAAAAACAAACAUCCUUCUACCAUGUUUGUCUCUCAAAUCUUAAAGCUUUAUUUCUUUUCUCUUUCUUUCUGUUCAUGAUUUCAAGGCCUCCUUUUGAAUCUCAAAGCUUUUACAAGAUUCCAUUUAAAUCCCAAUUCUUUAUUUUUCUUCUCCAACAUGUGCUUCCAUUUCAAGGAAUAGGACCUGGUUUUUGAUUGAAAAGAAGUGGGAUUGAAAUGGAAGGGGAUGUAUUUUCAGGCAUAGGUAAUGGAACACAAGUAGAUGGUAAGGUCUUACAAACAUUCCAAAAGAGUUUUGGGCAAGUUCAAGACAUUUUAGACCAAAACAGGGCGCUAAUCAAUGAGAUUAACCAAAACCAUGAGUCAAAGGUCCCCGAUAACUUGACACGAAAUGUCGGGUUGAUCAGAGAGCUUAAUAACAACAUUAGAAGGGUGGUCAAUCUCUAUGCUGAUCUCUCUACCUCCUUCUCCCAGUCAGUGGAGGCCUCAUCAGAAGGAGAAUCAGGUGGCACAUUAAAAUCCGAUGGAAAAGCCAGUCAGAAGAGGAUUAGAUCUGGGUAGUUUAUUGAGCCAGGCAUUCCUGUAAGUUUUAUGUUCUUUCCUGGUGGAAUAAGGAGGGUAUUUUGAUAAAAAGAAGGAACAAAUUUGAUGAGAUUCUGUUAUUCCUAUGAAUGAAUUAUAUGUAUAAUGAUAUUUCAAGCUUCAAUAUAAUUAAUUCUCACUGUUCCAAUCGAAAUAGCAUUUUCAAAAAUUUACCAGUGUAAUCUUGUAUAACAGUAUUAUCAACUCAUUGAAAUCAA